AUGGCCUUAGUGCUUUCUACAGGCCAGGUGGAGAAUCUCGGGGCACGUAAGCUCUCCAAAUACUGCCCGCGACAGCCCAGUCAAGGAGCCAUGAAAGUAUCUUUGACCCAGGGGUGCACCAUUCCAAUUCGACCACAGGGCACACAGGGCCAGUGUACCGACCUGAACGAAGGCCAGCGUUUUUCUCGUCCCGUCAAGAAAGAAUUGUAUGAUUUCUGCGCAAGCCAAGAUAAUUUGACAACCAAAGUCGCCAAAAGUUCAUUACGUUGCCAAGUCGUACCCCAAGCUCAUUCCACCCCCACUAUCGCCAUUAACGACCUGAACUUCAUCCCUCUUCCCGUCCCAGCUCCCGCAUUUCCAAUUCAAUACCGUGGCGCCGAUAUCGAACCCAUCGCAUUUGUCGCCGGGGCUCGCAUUUAA